AUGGCGGUCGUUCAUGUUGUCCUGUUUUCGUUCAAGGAGUCCGCAACGCAGGAGGAGAUUGAGGAUGUCUACAAGGGAAUGGUGGCGCUCAAGGACAAGUGCAUCCAUCCGACGACGAACCAGCCGUACAUCAAGUCGGCGAAAGGGGGCAUCAACAACAGUCCAGCAGGCCUCGAUGGUGGCAUUCAAUAUGCAUUCGUCAGCGAGUUUGAAAGCGUCGAAGACCGCGAUUACUUCAACCAGAAAGACUCGGUGCAUCUAGAGCUCGUCGCCAAGCUGAGCAUUUUAUCAAAGGUCCAGGUCAUUGACUUUACUCCUGGUGUCUUUGCUUGA